CAUCACUAUGCGGGGAUUGGAGUAUUACGCCGAAAAAACUCCAUGCUUAUUAUUUGGCCAUGAGCAACGAAGUCCGGACUUUUGUGUUCAACUAAGAGCAUUAACGGGCUCGACGCCAAAGCAAACUCUGAAUAACGAUGGCGGACCAACUUCCAUUUAAGCUCGAUAAUCCCGAGAUUUUCCAUACCAAGUCAUACGUGGAUGGGAAAUGGGUUGAAGCCAAGUCGGGCAAGCGUUUCGACGUUUACGACCCUGGCAGUGGCAAGGUGUGGGCGACAGCGCCCAACAACGCCGCCGAGGACGUAGACGCCGCAGUGCAAGCCGCACAGGCGGCGUUUGAGAAGUUCAAACUUGUGAAUCCUCGCACCCGCGCUCAGCUGCUAUUGAAAUGGGACGCUCUCAUCCGUGAGAACAAAGAAGAUCUUGCCAAAAUUGUUACCUAUGAGACUGGCAAGCCUCUUGCAGAAGCUAGGGCGGAAUUAGAUUACUCGACUGGCUUCACGUGGUGGUUCGCUGGAGAAGCCGAGCGAAUUCGUGGAACGGUUUCGCAGCCAGCUACGCCCGGCCGUCGUAUGUUCACCGUGAAGCAACCGAUUGGUGUUGCUGCCGCACUGGUACCUUGGAAUUUUCCGAUUGCUAUGAUCUUGCGAAAGUGCGGUGCCGCAUUUGCUGCCGGUUGCACGAUGGUGAUCAAGCCAAGCCCAGAGACGCCCCUGAGUGUGCUGAGCCUGGCGUAUCUAGCUGAGAAAGCAGGCUUUGCACCGGGCGUCAUGAACGUGUUGACGACCGACCUGGACAACACGCCGGAGCUGAGUGCGGCGCUGUGCCAACAUGACCUUGUCAAGAAAGUUACCUUUACCGGCUCAACUCGCGUUGGUAAACUUGUAGCCAAACUCUGCAGCGACGGGCUAAAGAAAGUGACAAUGGAGCUGGGCGGCAACUGUCCGGUUCUGGUGUUUGAUGAUGCAAACCUCAAUCAGGCAGCUGAAGCAUUGAUGGCCUUAAAAUGGCGACACGCUGGGCAAGCUUGCAUAACGGCAAACCGCAUUUACGUCCAGCGAGGCAUUUACAAGGAGUUCACUAAUCUCAUUGCCGAGAAGACGAAGCAACUGAAAGUUGGCCAUGGCGCCAAAGAAGGCACUACGAUGGGUCCGGUGACGACUCCUCGCACUCUUGACAAAGCCGUCACACAGCUUGAAGAUGCAAAAAAACGGGGCGCUAACAUUCUUCUCGGCGGAAACAAGAUCAAGAUCGACGAUGGCUAUUUCUUCGAGCCGACAAUCGUCCUUGACGCCACCGAAGAGAUGCAGCUUGCGCAGGAAGAGCAGUUUAGUCCCAUAGCGGCCUUCUUUCCCUUCGACACCGAAGAGGAAGCUGUUAAGGCUGCUAACAGCACGAGCAUGGGUCUUGCGAGCUAUUUCUUCACGAAGAAUGUUGACCGAGCUUGGAGACUGCUCGAGAAUCUGGAGGCUGGUCAAAUAGGAAUGAACACGGGCAACAUGUCUGCCGCUGAGAUUCCGUUCGGAGGCAUCAAGCACUCUGGCUAUGGCAAGGAAAGCGGCAAGGACGUCGCGGUCGACGAGUAUUUGAUCAACAAGACCGGUGUUUUGACACUAGAAGGUCAUUACUAGGCCUUUUACAGGUGAAAUUUACCGCUCGAAAUGAGACAAGUCGUCAGAGCUUUUCGCUCGGCGCAAUGCCCAG